AGGAGGGCGGUAAUGCGUCUUAAUGCCAUGUGUCAGGCGGAAGAAAAAGAAGUGGACGGGAAAUUUUAGAGCCCAACAACAAAACGACCAGAUGAAAGCCUGCAGCCCGCCAGAAUGGCAACGGGCUCCGAAUCCAAACUCCAGCUGGUUCACAGACACGUCCGUCUGUUCCCGGACUUUCCCAAGAAGGGCAUCCUGUUCAGAGAUAUCUGUCCCAUCCUGAAGGAUCCAGCUGCUCUGACAGCAGUAAUUGACCUGUUUGAAGAACAUGUGAGGAGGAAUCACAAGCAGGUUGAUUUGAUCGUAGGGUUAGAUGCUCGUGGUUUCCUGUUUGGGCCUCUGCUUGCCCAGCGGCUGGGUGUUGGCUUUGUCCUGGUCAGAAAGAAAGGCAAACUGCCUGGAGCCACCGUGUCUGUGGCAUAUGAUUUGGAGUAUGGCAAGGCAGAGGCAGAGAUCCAGGAGGAUGCAGUGGCUCCAGGACAGAAGGUUCUUCUCAUUGAUGAUCUCCUGGCUACUGGAGGGACCCUGUAUGCAGCCUGUCAGCUGAUUAGUAAGCAGAAGGCUGAUAUUCUGGACUGCAUGGUGGUCAUUGAGCUCAAAGAGCUGAACGGCAUUGAUAAACUGAAACCACACAGUGUGUUCUCCCUUCUUCAGUACUGAGGUACACUGGAGCUGCAACAUUGUUAUUUCAAAUGUACAGUUUUGCAAUUCAUCCAAUACUGAUUUAUAAAUAUUUCAUUAUUCAUUCAAUGAUUCCACUAUUUGAACUAUUUAAUAACAUACAGGUGGUGGGGAAAAAAUAGCAGUGAUGCCUUUCAAUACAGUAAAAGGCCAAAUUAAAGUUAGGGGCAAAUACCAAUAAAAGCUCAGGUUGUCUUAUUUGUUGUGGUAAUUCAGCUGGAUUGUUCUAUUUAAAGCCAUAUGGUUUUUUUUGUUUGUUUUUGUUUUUGAACCAGAAAACAUUGAUUUUAAUAAAUUAAAUAAAACAAUAAAGGAAAUUACAU